UAUCUAUCUAUCUAUCUAUCUAUCUAUCUAUCUAUCUAUCUAUCUAUCUAUCUAUCUAUCUAUCUGAGCCUUUAUUUUGAAAGCACCGCUGAGCAGCGGAAGUGGCUCGGCUGUUUCCGGUGCUUGUGUUUGGUGUGGCUCGGCUCGGCUCGGCCCAGAACAGACCAGUAGCAGCAGCAGCAGUGUGACCGGCGGUGAUCCAGGCAGACCGCGGAGGAACCACCAACCAUGGCGGCCCCUGCUCUCUCCGGUCGGGCUGGCUCGGCGGGCAGCCUCGGGAACAGCCCCACCAUGGCCGCCGGGAGGCUGCCGCACGGCUGCGGUGGGCCCGAGCUUGACUUCAGGUCGGCGGCCCGAAUGGAGGACCUGAACCGGUUAAUCCAGGAGUUCAGCAAGCACGACCAACGGGAGUACGACGACCAGCGGGCUCUGGAGAUCCACACGGCCAAGGACUUCAUCUUCUCCAUGCUGGGAAUGGUCCAGAAGUUGGACCAGAAGCUUCCGGUAGCCAAUGAGUACCUCCUGCUGUCGGGAGGUGUUCGGGAGGGCGUGGUGGACAUGGACCUGGAUGAGCUGAGCGUUUACGCCCGCGGCACAGACUACGACAUGGACUUCACCUUGUUGGUACCAGCGCUCAAGCUGCACGACCGCAACCAGCCAGUCACCCUGGACAUGAGGCACUCGGCGCUGGGCCACUCCUGGCUCAGCCUCCGCCUUUUUGACGAGGGGACCAUCAACAAGUGGAAGGACUGCUGCACCAUCGUCGACCACAUCAACGGGACCACCAACUACUUCUUCUCUCCAACUCUGGUGGCAGACUGGUUCUACCAGUCCAUCUCUUUGGUUCUGUUGGAGGUGCAGAAGAAGCCGCAGAGAGGAAUGCCCAGGGUGGAGAAGGUGGAGCGCAACGGAACCAUCAUCUCCGUCAUCCUGGGCGUCGGCAGCAGCCGGAUGCUGUACGACAUCGUCCCCGUGGUGUCGUUUAAAGGCUGGCCGGCAGUCGCUCAGAGCUGGCUGAUGGAGAACCACUUCUGGGACGGGAAGAUCACGGAGGAGGAAGUGAUCAGCGGCUUCUACCUCGUCCCUGCCUGCUCCUACAAAGGUCGCAAGGAGAACGAGUGGCGCUUGUCGUUCGCCCGCAGCGAGGUGCAGCUGAAGAAGUGCAUCUCGUCCAGUCUGAUGCAGGCGUACCAGGCCUGCAAGGCCAUCAUCAUCAAGCUGCUGUCCCGCCCCAAAGCCAUCAGUCCUUACCACCUGCGCAGCAUCAUGCUGUGGGCCUGCGACCGCCUCCCCGCCAACUACCUGGUGCAGGACGACUUCUCUGCCCACUUCCUGUUGGGCCUGAUUGACGACCUGCAGCACUGCCUCGUCAACAAGAUGUGUCCCAACUACUUCAUCCCUCAGUGCAACAUGCUGGAGCACCUGUCGGAUGAGACGGCCAUGCUGCACGCCCGCAAACUCUCCUCCGUGCGCUCCGACCCGGCCGAGCACCUGCGCACCACCAUCGAGCACGCCAAGGCCGCCAACAGGCUGACGGUGGAACUGCAGUGGCGAGGCAGCUCCAACAACCUGCCAUCGCCGCAGUCCGACGCCGGGGGCGAGAACCAGCCUGACGACCGGCUGGCCAAGAAGCUCCAGCAGCUCGUCACGGAGAAUCCCGGGAAGUCCAUCUCAGUCUUCAUCAACCCGGACGACGUCACGCGGCCGCACUUCCGCAUUGACGACAAGUUCUUCUGAGACUGGAAGCGUUCUCCCAGACCUCUUCCUCUUUUAUCCUCGCCUGGUGCCCCGCCUCCUCUGAAACUUUAUUUUCUACUUUUUUUAUGUUCGCCACAGAGUGAAGUGAGGUGAUCGUCUAGUUGUCCGCCACAGUUUUUUAUUUUUUUACAUUUAUUUUUCUAUUCCUUGCCCCUCUUCCCUCCUCUCACUGUGUGCCCUGUGUUUUUACCUGCUGGAUGCCUUUCAGACCCUCAGCAGCAGGCUGUUUUUAAAGAUGAAGAAAGGGCUCAGAAAUCCACCUCACGCUGGACCUGCUGAUCCUACAUUACUGUAGUUUGAUUAUCAGGGACUCUGGAGACGAGACCAACCCCUCAACUCCUGAAAAGGAGCUUAUCUAGAGUUGAUUUAGAGUUUUUGGGUUCAGGGGUUGACGGGUGUCCCAGAACCAGGAGUGGACACAACAGAGUCCUGGGUGACGGUGGAUUUUGUCCCUCUGAGGAAUGUCUUAUUCCCACUGGGCGAUGAUGGUACUAACGUCUUAGAACUAACUGUAAAUAGAAGAAAAUGUGUAGACAGAAAGAGAAAUAGACUGAAAAUGAUGUGUGAACUACUGUUUGUCUAAUUUUGCACAGAAUGUAAAAUUCACCACUUUUCCUCUCGAUGGUGGACGUCGUGUCCCCACCCUCAUGAUGUGUCAUAUCAGUAGACGGGUGACGGCAUGCUGAAGGACGGCGUGCUGCACGCUUGAAAUGGGCUCAUCAACGGAAGGGGGUUGCAGGAAGUACUGUCGGGUAGCACUUCCUGUCUGCUCCUCACGCUCAGGUUAAUCUGCUGCAGUACGACCUCCGUCAGCUGCACCGUCACAGAAUCACUCCCAACACUCCCAGCACCUCCUUGUUCUGACCAGACAUGACGGCAUGUCUCCAUGAGCUCGUCGUCGUGUUUAUGACCCGACUCCUGGUUUCUCUUCAGCUGCUUCUUCGUGUCUCCUUGUCCUGGGUUCAGCCCUCCUUCAGCUCAACCACCUCAAGGCUAACGAUUACUUAGGCGCAGUUCUGUUUCUCUUUUUUCCCACCCAUUGCUUUUCCCUGCCCCUCAUCCUUUAAAACAAAGUUGUAAGGGGUGAAAACAUUCCUCUAGGAACUGAGAUGCCCCGAAUUUACUGUUGUAGUCAGAAGUCGUCGUGUUGGGGAAACACGAAGACUUCAUUACCGCUGGUUAAUGAAGAUUAUUGAUUAGCGUUUAGCAUUAAGUUGGCAGUUUUAACAACAGCCUUAUGAUGAACGGGGUCAGAAAUAAUCACAGUUUUAAAAUAAUCUUUAAAUCCUUAUUGAUACUGAAUAUACAUUUCUAGGUGCCCUCCUUCCUUCUGUCGCCAUCUUUGGCGAUGCCGGUGUGUGUUGUGGAAUUUUUUAUGCCCCUUCGUUGAAGUGCGGCCCUGGACUGUCUUCGUUUGGAGGGUAGCUCUUCCCUUGCAUCCAAAAGAGAAUCCAGGUAGCUCUUUAUCAAAAUGGGAUUCAGCCAUAACUAAUCGUGGUUUUAAACGUCACGAUUAAUGUAUCGUAAAGAACAGAUCAUGUCUGAACCAUGACGGCAGAUCAGCGCAGCUUGCACAGGGAAGGAAAACGGAGUUGUGUGAUAUAUCAGAUGGAGCAUCCUGCAGCCAUCCUCUAAAUGUAAGGCUGGAAAACUGAGAAUCUAAUGGUGACGUCCCUACUCAGGACACCAGUUUGAUUAUAGACUAAUGUCUGAUGACUCAUGACUUUACUAAAGCCGUUACAUGAAUACAGGAACAAUCAAACUCAUUUCAUAAUAGAAAUCCACUUUUCAUUUAUAGAAGUUUUUAUACUUUUCUGUCCUUUGAUGAUUUUAUAGGGAAGACACAAAGUUUAAAUGCAUAUCGUACCAACCUUGAUUCAUCUGGCGUUUGCACCAUUUUCAACACAUGCAAAGCUGUAAAGCUUAAAAUUUCCUAAAGUCCUUUAAUAGGUCCUUGAUUUGAGAUCAGUCCUUUAAUAUCUCUUUUGACAAAACUGACAUAAAACAUAAUGACGUAAAUCUAUGCAAAAUAGUUUUAUUAUACUGUAAUCCACUAGACCAGCAGUGACUCUAGCAGUAGCUUUAAAGUCUUCAGUAUCGAAAUGAUAAAUCUAUGUAACUCACAAAGAGAAAUUAAAUGUCAGAAGAGAACAGAUUUUAGUAAAUGAUAAACUCCUGCAGCUCAAAUGUAAGUUAAUUAUGCCAACAUGUUUCUGCAAACUUGGUUCCCAUACAUAUUUUCCUAAAAAUUUCUCAAAUCCUGUAACUCAGGCAAAACAUGGGACUGACCAUUUCAUUAUAUGAUUCUUAUUUUCUCACAUAACAUUCUCAACAGGUUAAAACACUAAAUAAAAAACACAAUAAUGAGCUGCAAGCAUUAGCAAUAGCUAGCAAAUACUUUAACAUUGGUUUAGCUAACUAAUUUAACAAGCUUUAUUUAGCACAAGCUUCAUAGAGUGGUAGCUAGCACAAGCAAGCGCUAACUAGCAAGUACAGGCUUUCUAAAGCAGGUGCUAAUAUUAGUUUGUGCUGCUAACUACCAUUUUUUAAAGCUCAUUCUAGCUAAAAUUGUGGAUAGCACUAGCCUAUCUAGCUACCGCUCUAUGAAGCUUGUGCUCAGUAAAACUAUGGAUAGCACUAGCUUGAUCUAGCGACCACUUCAUAAAGCCUGUACUAGCGAAAACGAUCAAUAGCACACUGACUUGAUCUGACUCUCACUUUAUAAAGCCAGUGCUAGCUAAAACUAUGGAUAUCACAACUUUGAUUUAGCUACCACUUCAUAAAACCUGUUCUAGCUAAAUAUAUGAAUAACACUAGCUUGUGCUAGCUAAAACUAUGAAUAGCACUAGUUUGAUCUAGCUACCACUUUAUGAAACUCCUGAUGGCUAAAGCUAGCUCAUCUAGUCACUAUUUGCUACCACAACAUAAAGCAUCAGGCCAAACAUUCAGUACUGCUACCUAGAAGACGAUACACUACAUUAGUUCCAUUAAAACAACUGUGUUUUUAGAAUAAGUUAGUCAUUUACACGUAAGAAUUAAAGGUUUCAGUGGGAAAUUAUGAACAAUUUUACCAAAUGGCUGACUUUGUACAAAGUGAAUGGAUGGACCACGUUUUAAUAAGUUUAAUUAUUUUAUGUUUAAGUUCAGUCAUUCAGAAAUUUUACCUUCGCCUGCGAUCGUGGGGUUGUGUUUGGGUGCUUUUAGCCACAGACGGGGACAUAAAUCGAGCUUGAGACGAUGCCGUUGAUUCCGGCGUGUUUGUUGAGUGAUUCGUUGCAGAAAAUGCGAGCAGCUCUUUGUAUGGAGCCCCAGGUGCGUUGGUCCUGAGCUGGUUGAGGUGAAGGCGAGUUGGGUCAAGUGUUUACAUUCGUGUCCAACAUUUUCAGAAAAAUGCCAAAAAAUCCUGCAGAUAUCUGACCGGUAAUGUAAUCUCCACAUAUCCUCAUCCUCAAGUGCAAUUAGUGAAAAUCCACACAGGACAUGCACACAUCCAUGUUUAACUUACGUAGCAUUAACACGCUAGCACACGCCAACGGCGGCAGAACAGCCCACCUCUGCUGAACCUCACAAAGCUGCACCAACACUCCCACUCAGAGGCUUUUACACCAUCAAAGUGCCACACAGAAACACCAACACACACUCCUGCUUACUGGAAAUGUAAUCAGUGUGUCGUCCGACCCGGCUCCUGUUUGUUCAGAAACUUCUGUGACUUUUGGUUUUCUCUCUGCUUCUUGCUGCUCUAAUGAAGAGUUGACUUGGAAGGUGAACUGUUGGGAUGGCAGCUCCUCGUCUGUGAAGGUCCAGCACUGCACUGUACAGCUGAGUCAUCAUAAAGUAUUCUUACCUGAAGUUCUUCGUCUCUGCGAGUCACUUUGUUCAUUAACUUUCUGUGUCUUUGUCAUUAACCUGGAUUAAAGUCCUGUUUUCAUGUGAUGGAAAGAAAUCUACAGCAGACAUCCUGAUCCAGUGUUUAUAUCUAAAUAAAAUGAGUUUUAACCAGAAUCGGUUCUGUUCUGAGGAUCAGUAAGUGAAUAUUUGGCCUGAGCAGCUUUAUUCUUCAAUAUGGCCUAAACCCUCUAUUUAAUUAUUUAAGUGAAAACUGCAGGUUGAUGUGAUACCUGUCCCAGACUGACGGAUCCAGACUAAACGAGUCUUUACACCGACACCAUGUUUAGUCACCGGUUCUAGUUUUCCCUCCAGUGGUGCUUCAUAAUUCAUGGUUUGCAUCAUUGAUCGUAUUUAAUAUCAAUAACUGCCCUGAUUAAUAGUUAAUAGCUAAACUAGUUCCUUCCAGUCAUCAACAUGGCCUCCAGGAACAGUUCUCCACUUUCCAACGUUCUUUGAAUGUUUCUGUCUUUUCUGUUCUCUGUCCAGAUGAUCCCACACUGCUUCAAUAUUGUUGAGGUCCAGGUUCUGGGGAGGAUCCGUCCCUCUAUCAGGCCCGCAGAGGUCCAGGUUCUGGGUAGGAUCCGUCCCUCUAUCAGGCCCGCAGAGGUCCAGGUUCUGGGGAAGAUCCGUCCCUUUAUCAGACCCGCAGAGGUCCAGGUUCUGGGGAGGAUCCGUUCCUCCAUCAGACCUGUUUCCACUGAGCUUCUGUCCAGUUCUUGUGUCAUGUGACCAACCUCAGCCUUUUCUCCCUGUUUCCUUCCUUAUUAACAGCUUCUUGACAUCCAUGUUUCCAUGGAGACCAUUUCUAAUGAAGCUUCUGCAAACGAUGAUGAU